AUGGCAGUGAAUGAAGUACGAGGCGUCAUUUCGCGGUCUCAAGGCGCUCCCGUCGAGCUGGUCCCGAUCCUGGUUCCAGACCCCGGAGAGGGUGAAACGUUGGUGCGGGUUCAGGCUUGCGGCGUUUGCCACACGGACCUGCAUUAUCGAGAAGGCGCGAUCAACGACGAGUUUCCCUUUUUGUUGGGGCACGAGGCAGCCGGCAUCGUUGAAAAAAUCGGCGCAGGCGUGACCAACGUUCAGCCCGGAGACUUCGUUAUCCUGGCCUGGCGCGCUCCAUGCGGGACGUGCCGGUCGUGCCGGCGAGGGCGUCCCUGGUACUGUUUCGCCAGCCGCAAUGCUCAGCAGAAGAUGACGCUGGCAGACGGCUCCCCUUUGUCUCCGGCUCUGGGAAUCGGGGCGUUCUGCGAGCUCACCUUGGUUGAUGCCCUCCAGGCCGUCAAGGUGGAUCCAGCCGCCAGUCCCCUGGCUGCCGGGCUGAUCGGUUGCGGCAUCAUGGCCGGUCUGGGAGCAGCAAUCAACACCGGCGGGGUAUCACGCGGGGAUUCCGUUGCUGUCAUAGGAUGCGGCGGCGUGGGCAAUGCCGCUGUCGCCGGGGCCCGCCUGGCCGGCGCAAACACGAUCAUCGCGGUGGACAUCGACGAUCGCAAGCUGGAAUGGGCGAGAAAGUUCGGAGCCACCCACACGAUAAACUCCACUCAAACCGACGCCGUGGCCACCAUCCGCGAACUCACCGACGGGAACGGGGUUGACGUUGCGAUAGAGGCCGUAGGGAAUCCGGUUACCUAUGAGCAGGCAUUUUACGCCCGCGACCACGCCGGAACGGUGGUGCUGGUCGGCGUGCCCGACCCAACCAUGAAAAUCGAACUCCCGCUGAUCGAGGUGUUCGGGCGCGGCGGCUCUCUCAAAUCCUCGUGGUACGGCGACUGCCUGCCCACCCGGGAUUUUCCGAUGUUGAUCGACCUGUAUCUCCAGGGCCGGCUCGACCUGGACGGUUUCGUGAGCGAACGUAUCACCAUCAACGAAGUAGAAACGGCGUUUGAACGCAUGGGUCGCGGAGAAGUUCUGCGGUCCGUCGUGGUGAUGUAG